CAUUCUAAUGCAUCAUGCAGGAGAUUUUAUCGCCGAAGACCACUUGAUUCUUGUUUCACUCAUCCUAGUCGCAUGAUAUAUCCUCAUGAUGUUGAAUAUACUCCACCAUCAACACCAGAAAGGCAUUUAGGACACAGUCAUGUAAAACCAGCUGCUUUUGAUGAUGUAACAUUUCAGCAAAAAAUUAAUUAUACAUUAAUAAAAGAAUCACUUUUCUUAGAUGUCCCAGGUCAUCCUGAGCCACCAACCGUUCAACAGUGUUCAGAUACAGAAUUAUAUGCUGUUUGGAAUCCACCAAAAAGCGAUGGAAAUUCUCCUAUUUUGUGUUAUUCUUUGGAAUAUAAAAAAUCAGAUGAAGACCAGUGGUCAAAAGCAGCCAAAAAUAUUGCUCAUGAAUUCUUUGUCAUAAGAGAUUUAACUCCAUCAUCCACAUAUUAUUUACGAUUAGCUGCAAAGAAUAGAUUUGGCUGGGGAGAUUACAGUCAACCAUCAGAACCAUGUAAUACAUUAGUAACAGGAUCACCAAAGGUAAAAAUUAGUAAGGCAAGAAAAUAUCAGCAAGAAAUGACAGAAAGAGGUCAAGAAUUAUUUUUAGAUGAUUUAGAAUCUACUAAUUUGGAUUAUAGUUUAGAAGAUAAUCCAAUAGAAUUGACUGAAGGUGAUCCCCUUGAAUUAUAUAACUUUGUAUCAGAAGUUGCAAGGGGAAGAUUUUCCAUUACAGUUAAAGUAUGGGUGAAGCAAAAAAAUACUACACUCAUAGCUAAAGUCUUGCAAAAAACACCACAAACAGAAUCCAGUAUUCUGCAUGAAUUUGACAUCCUACGAUCAUUAAAACAUGAACGAAUUGUUUCUCUAGAAAUGGCAAGCACUAAUCCAACUGCAACAAUAUUCAUUAUGGAAAAGUUAUCAGGAAUGGAUAUUCUGACAUACUUUUCUUGCCGUCAUCAAUAUACAGAAGAAAUGGUUGCAAAAGUUGUCACACAGGUUUUAGAUGCUCUAGAAUAUCUUCAUUUCCGAGGCAUUUGCUAUUUAGAAUUGCAACCUGACAAUGUAGUACUAACAGAUCAACAUCAUCUUGAUGUUAAAUUAGUAGAUUUUGGUUCAGCACAGUGUAUUCCACCAGAAGGAGCCAGGGUAAAUAUUCGUGGAUCACUGGAAUAUCUAGCUCCUGAAAUAUUAAAACAAGAAGAUGCAAGCACAGCUAGUGAUUUGUGGGGCGUGGGAGUUUUGACUUACAUUCUGUUGAGUGGAGUAUCUCCUUUUCAUGGUGAAAAUGAUGUGGAAACUACAAGUAAUGUUCUUUAUGUACGUUAUCAUUUUGAUAAUUUAUAUAAAGAAGUGACACAAGAAGCCACCAGAUUUUUAAUGCAGCUAUUCAAGAGAACACCACAAAAGCGACCAACUAUUGAGGAGUGUUUUGAAAACAAAUGGCUAAUUCCAAGUGAAUUUAUGAUAAGAAAGCGAGAACAUGCCAUAUUUCUUACUCAUCGCAUCCAUGAAUUUUCUGAACAGUUUCAUGCACAGAAAAGAUUGUCUAGUCCACCUGCUCUACUUAAUAUGUUUGGAAUGUCUAUCUCCAAAUCUGUUUCUCUGGAGACAGAUACGCUGGAAGAAUUUUGAAAUGAAUCAAAUAAGAACUACAGGUUUAAAAUGAAAUUAAAAAGCACAACCAAAUAAAUAUGCCUUCACCGUGAUAUUAUGAAUGUACAAAGUGAACCAGCAACAAUUCACCGGAAUAUUUGUGACUUCUGCUACAAAAUUAUGUAUUUGAUGAAGUUGUGUGGCCAUAGAGAAUGUGAAGAAUGUAGUUCUUGUAACAUCUUUUAUUUAAUAUUGUCUAAAAUAUAUUUCUAAAAGAAAUAACGUUAUUUCUUUGCAGAUAUAAUUUCGAAAUAAACUUAUUUAAACAUCUG